AUGACAAGAAAGGGAACCCUGAUAAGGUGUAGUAUUUGCAAGGAACCAGAUCAUAACAAUAAAAAGUGUCCAUCUAAGCAGCAAACAAAUACAUCAGCGGCACCAAGUGCAUACAGGGGUAGUGGAACAGGACCAAGUCCACCAGCAGCAACAUUAGCAGCCCAACCACCUCAUCCACCACCAGCAACAGUAGCCCAACCACCUCCACCACCACCAUCAGCAACAACCCAUCCACCUCUAUCACCACCACCACCAGAAGCAACCCAACCACCUCCACCACCACCUGGUGUAAGUCUUGUCCCAAGAAGAAGGGCCCAAUUGGUAGAAGUGGACAGAGGCAAUAUUCUGAAAGGAUUGUCAAAAUGGCAUUGA